UGGCAGGUCUGAAAAAGUGGGAGAAGAGGCGGGUUGGGUGAAGUAAAGAGGGAAGGCUGUUUGAAACAGGAGCGUUAUUACAGACGGGAACAGCAGACUGUUUAGACACAGCUGAAGAACGAUUCUUCAGGAUGCCAGAACCUCUCAAAAAGCCCGUGUCAGCUUUUGCAAAGAAACCGAAGACCCAGGAGGCCGAAGAAGGGUCCUCUGUGGUUUUUGAAGCGGAGACCGAGAAGCCUGACUGUAAAGUGAAAUGGCAGCGCAGCUCGAAGGACAUUGCCACUGGCGACAAAUAUGUGAUCACAGCGGAUGGAAGAAAGCACUCCCUCACUGUGAGAGGAAUCGCCAUGGAAGAUGCCGACGUCUACGCUGUGAUAGCUGGUGGUUCAAAGGUCAAGUUUGAGCUGCGGGUGGUAGUGAAGCCAGAAACUCCACCUGAGGCCCGUACUGACGGACCUGAAGAGUCCAGCGUGAAACCAGAGCCGGUUGCAGCUCCCCCACAGGAACAAAACUCUGCUCCGACUCAGGACGCUCCUCCGGCUGAGGACAGGCACCCUGCAGACACCAGACAGGACCUGACAGGACUCUUCACAGAGAAACCUCAGUGUGGAGAAGUCACCGUGGGUGAAAACAUCACAUUUGUUGCUAAAGUCAACGCUGAAUCGCUGCUGAAGAAACCGAGCAUCAAAUGGUUCAAAGGAAAGUGGAUGGACCUCUCCAGCAAGUGUGGGAAACAUCUGCAGCUAAAAGAGACUUUUGAUCGCAACACAAAGGUGUACACCUUUGAGAUGCAGAUCAUUUCAGCUCAAGCCAACUUUGCCGGAGGUUACAGAUGUGAGGUUUCGUCCAAGGACAAGUUUGACAGCUGCAAUUUUGAUUUGACUGUCCACGAGGCCCGCGCUCCUGAAGGUUUGGACAUAAGAGCAGCUUUUAGGCGCACAAGUAUAGAUGGAGAUUCAGGAGAGCUGGACUUCAGCGGUUUACUGAAGAAGAGCAAACCUGCGCACGUGAACUCUGACCCCGACAUCGACGUGUGGAACAUUCUCAGCCAUGCUCGUCCUUCAGAAUAUGAGAAGAUUGCAUUCCAGUACGGCAUCACUGACCUGAGAGGGAUGCUCAAGAGGCUGAAGAAGAUGAAGAAGGAGGAGAAGAAAAGUGAAGCUUUCCUCAAAAAGUUGGACCCUGCCUACCAGGUAUCAAAGGGACACAAGAUCAAGCUUGCCGUUGAGGUUGCUGACGAAAACAUGGAGGUGAAGUGGCUAAAGAACGGACAAGAAAUCCAAAAAUCUGGAAGGUACAUAUUUGAGAGUGUUGGCAACAUGCGCUACCUCACAAUCAACCAUUGCUCCCUAGCGGAUGACGCGGCGUACGCGUGCGUGGUGGGAGACGACAAAUGCACCACUGAGCUUUUUGUUAAAGAGCCUCCGGUCAUGAUAGUGAAAAGUCUGGAGGACCAGAUGGUUAUGAAAGGCGAACGGGUGGAGUUGAUGUGUGAGGUCUCAGAAGAAGGAGCAAAUGUUAAAUGGGAGAAAGAUGGUGUUGAACUGACCAGAGAUGAGUCUUUGAAAUAUCGCUUCAAGAAAGAUGGCUGCAAACACUUUCUGAUCAUUAACGAGGCUACAAAAGAGGACUGUGGUCACUAUAAGGUCAAAACGAAUGGCGGAGAGUCGAUGGCUGAGCUCCUGGUGCAGGAGAAAGAACUAGAAGUCUACCAGAGCAUCGCAGACCUGACGGUGAAGGCGAAGGACCAGGCUGUCUUUAAGUGCGAGGUGUCGGAUGAGAACGUGAGGGGAACCUGGUACAAGAACGGUGUGGAAGUCAAAGCUGAUGCUAGGAUAAAUAUCUCACAUAUUGGCAGGAUCCACAAACUGACCAUUGAUGAGGUGAAACCCGAGGAUGAGGGAGACUACACUUUUGUACCGGAUGGCUACGCUUUCAGCCUUUCUGCUAAACUCAACUUCUUGGAGGUGAAGAUUGAUUACGUGCCACGCCAAGAUCCUCCCAAGAUCCACCUUGACUGCAUGGGUCGCACCGCUGAGUCAACCAUCGUGGUGGUGGCUGGAAACAAACUGCGUCUGGAUGUCCCGAUCACGGGGGAUCCUGCUCCCACAGUGAUCUGGACCAAAGGAGAGAAGGUCAUCACAGAGGGAGAUGGUAGACUCCACGUGGAAUCCACAAAGGGACACUGCAUCUUCACCAUUGAGGGAGCUGAGAGGCAGGACGAAGGGGCUUACUCUGUUGUGGUGCGAAACCCAGCAGGAGAAGACACGGCUGACAUCAGUGUAAAAGUUGUUGAUGUUCCAGAUCCUCCUCAGGCUCCAAAGAUCCUCAGCGUGGGAGAAGAUUCCUGCAUUGUUCAGUGGGAAGCCCCUGAGUUUGACGGCGGCGAGCCAAUUAUUGGUUAUGUGCUGGAGAGGAAGAAGCUGAAGAGCUACAGGUGGAUGAGACUGAACUUUGACCCCUACCCUGAAACUACGUAUGAGGCCAAGCGCAUGAUUGAAGGCAUGCCGUAUGAGAUGAGAGUCUACGCCGUCAACGGGAUUGGCAUGUCUCGCCACAGUCCCGCCUCGCAGCCAUUCAUACCAGUCGCUCCUACAAGCGAGCCCGUCGGACUGCACGUCGACGACGUCAGCGACACUUCAGUCACGUUGAAGUGGCGAGCUCCAGAGAGGAUCGGCGCCGCGGAGCUCGAGGGUUACGGGGUCGAGUAUUGCAAGGAGGGCACUGAUGAAUGGAUCCCAGCCAUCCAGGGUCUGACAGACAGAACAUCGUUGACUAUUAAAAAUCUCACCACUGGAGACAAACUGCUGUUCCGCGUGCGGGCCUACAACAUGGCAGGACCCAGUCCUCCAGCCUCUCUGGCUCAGCCAAUCACCAUCCGAGAAAUUAUGCAACGCCCUAAAAUAUGGCUUCCAAGAUAUCUCCGCCAAACUCUUAUCAAGAAAGUCGGAGAGACUGUCAACAUUGUGAUCCCAUUCCAGGGUAAGCCCAGACCAAAAGUUAUCUGGACUAAAGAUGGAACACCUCUGGACUCUUCUUUUGCGAGUUUGAGGAACAGCGAGACAGAUACGAUCCUCUUCAUUCGUAAAACGGAGAGAAAACACUCGGGGCAGUAUGAUCUGCAGGUGCAGAUUGAGAACGUGGAAGAUACAGCCAGAGUCCUGAUUCAGAUUGUUGAUCUCCCAGGGCCCCCUGAGGCUCUGAAGAUUGUGGACAUUUGGGGUUUUAAUGUGGCUCUUGAGUGGAAACCACCAGUUGACGAUGGAAACUGUGAGAUCAGUGGCUACACCGUUCAGAAAGCUGACAAAAAAACCAUGGAGUGGUACACGGUCCACGAUCACUACCGACGAACACACUGUGUGGUGUCCGACCUCAUCAUGGGGAAUGAGUACAUCUUCCGGGUUUUUUCCAUCAACCUGGUGGGCCUCAGUCCAGAUCCCAUCACCACAAAGGACAGUGUGUUCAUACAAAAAACAGGUAUCUCCUACAAGUCCCCCACCUACAAGAAGCACAACUUCUCAGAGGCUCCGAAGUUCACUCAGUCUUUGGUGGAUCGGUCCAUAAUAGCAGGGUACAACGCCACCCUCAGCUGUGCCGUGAGAGGAAUCCCAAAGCCCAAAGUGACCUGGUACAAGAACAAAAUGGACAUCUCCAAUGAAGCCAAGUACCGGAUGCUGAGUAAGCAGGGCGUUCUGACGCUGGAGAUCCGUAAGCCCUGUCCGUUCGACGGGGGGGUGUACACAUGCAAAGCUGUGAACGACAUGGGGGAGGACAUGGUGGAGUGUAAACUGGAAGUUCGUCCUCAGAUUGCAAAGGAAGAAAAGAAAGAUGCCCAGAAAUAAGAAGUUCUUUGUGUAAACGAAAAGGAAAUGGAUUGGACUCCGGUUCUUUUGUGGCGUGGGACUCUUUUCAGCUGCAUCGCAGACAUUAAUAAACGAUCCUUUCAGAAACUGAAUGUACUGUCCUUUAUUGAUAAAAACUAACAUUUUUUUUAGGUAAGCUUUUUUGUUGUUGCUCUUUUAAAUGACGAAAUGCAUAUUAGUGUUUGCUGUUCUGAUUCUCAGGUGUGUGCAUUAGUUUGUGUGUUAAAACAAGAAUAAACCUGCUGGAUUUA